UGGCACCAGCCGAUGCUGACAUCCCCCCCAGACUCAUCGGACCCUCCAUUCCCACCCCAGGGCUCCCACCCCACCAUGCCCCAGCAGCGCUGCAGUCCCCCUGCCCGGGGCUCCCCAACCCAUCCCACGUGCCACCGAUCCAUCCAUCCUGCGCCAUGAACGGGGCCGUGCAGUUCCCCUGUGUCGGGGUGCGGAGCUGAGGGAUGGCCUCGCUGGACCUGCCUUACCGGUGUCCGCGGUGCGGGGAGCACAAGCGCUUCCGCAGCCUCUCCUCGCUGCGGGCGCACCUGGAGUACAACCACACCUAUGAGACCCUCUACGUCCUCUCCAAGACCAACAGCAUCUGCGAUGCCGCCGUCUUCCCCCUGGCCGCCGACGGUGCCCUGCUGACUCCAGCUGCCCGGCGGGACUACUUCGAAAGCACCUCCUUCCAAGGCAAGGACCAGCGCUUCUCCUGCGACCUCGUCCCCGCCGAGGAGCUGGAGCCGGCCCCCUCCUCGUCCCCCUCACCCCGCUAUGUCCACGAGAUCGAGAUCCCGCUGACAGAGAUCUUCACGCGGGGCAAAGCCGUGGCGCCGGCCCCCGCGCCGCCAGCUGCUAUGGACGCUGCCUAUGAAGAAGGCUUGGCUCGCCUGAAGAUCCGCGCCUUUGAGAAGCUGGAGGUGGACAAGCGGCUGGAGAAGCUGACGGAGGAGGUGGAGCAGAAGAUUGCCUCGCAGGUGGGCCGGCUGCAAGUGGAGCUGGACCGCAAGAGCUCGGAGCUGGAGAAGGCCAAGCAGGAGAGCCUGCGGCUCAGCCGGGAGAAGCAGGAGCUGGAGGACCGGGCAUCCGAACUGUCCCGCCAGGUGGAUGUCAGCGUGGAGAUGUUGGCCUCCCUCAAGCAGGACCUGGUGCAGAAGGAGCAGGAGCUCACCCGCAAGCAACAGUGAGU